UGUUGAAGAUCGUUCGCGACGGUCUGUUUCGUGUUCGUCAUCACUGAAAACUUAGCUCAGUGAUCAGUGAGUUGAGUGAUGAGUUGAAUGUUGAACCGCGUGAGUGCAGUGGAUUGUGUCAGUGACUGUUGUAUUUAUGUUGCCUACAGAAUUUAUGGAUUGGUAGCCCCGCGAUGGGAAGUGUUGCCGUUGCAGUGCUCGUGUUGCUGAUGUGUCUCACAGUCAGAGGGCAGUUUCGGUCGCCCCGCAUCACCGAGCACCCCUCAGACAUCAUAGUGCCCAAGAACGACCCUGUGACGCUCAACUGCAAGGCGGAGGGCAAGCCGGAGCCUUCCAUCGAGUGGUGGAAGGACGGUCAGCUGUUGGACACGGACACCAAGAGCCACAGGGUCAUCCUGCCCGCGGGCUCGCUGUUCUUCCUGAGGGUCGUCCACGGCAAGAAGGAACAGGAUGGCGGAGUGUACUGGUGCGUCGCGAGGAACGUCGCCGGCUCUGCUACCAGUAGAAACGCCACGUUGCUUGUAGCAGUUUUGAGGGACGACUUCCGUGCCGAGCCGUCGGAUACUCGGGUGGCUGCUGGGGAGACGGCCCUCCUGGAGUGCGGUCCACCCAAGGGGCAGCCAGAGCCUACCCUCCACUGGCGCAAGGAUGGGGAGAUCGUCGACAUCGAAGGCUCAAGCAGGGUGAGGAUCGUGGACGGAGGGAACCUGAUGAUCUCUGAUGUUCGUCAGAGUGACGAGGGCAAAUACACUUGUGUCGUGCAGAACCUGGUGGGCUCCAGGGAGAGUGUCGCAGCUAAGCUGACUGUACAUGUCAAGCCGUUCCUACUAUCGGAGCCACAAGAUGUGACAGUGCUGCCCAACCAGAAGGUCCAGCUACAAUGUCGCAUCGGAGGCGAUCCUCCGCCUAAGAUACUGUGGCGAAGGGACGACGGAGACAUGCCAGUGGGACGUGCUCAGAUCCUGGACGACAAGAGUCUCAACAUUGAGCACGUCUCUUUGGAGGAUGAGGGAAUCUACAUAUGUGACGCUGAUAACCUCGUAGGCAGCAUCUCUAUGAGGACGUCCCUAACUGUCCAUUCGCCACCAGCAUUCAAAAAGAGACCACAUGAUCAAAAAGUUGGGCUGAAUGGAGUGGCCAAGUUCGACUGUGAUGCGGAAGGAAAUCCACGACCCAGUGUUUUCUGGACCAAAGAAGGGAGUCAGGUGCUGAUGUUUCCUGGAAACUCCUACGGGAGGAUCAAUGUCACUCCCCAGGGAACUCUCAGCAUCCAGGGAGUCCAGAGGGAAGAUUCCGGAUACCUAGUGUGUUCAGCUCUAAGUGUUGCUGGCUCGGAUACUGCUAGAGCUUUUUUACAGGUAACGUCAGUAGAAGAUGUUCCUCCGCCUCUGGUAGAGGUGGGUCCGACCAAUCAGACGCUUCCGUUGCAGUCCGUCGCUACUCUGCCUUGCCAAGCACGUGGGAGUCCCUCUCCUCGCAUCAAGUGGUAUCGCAAUGGAAGUCCUGUGGAUCCCCACGCUUCCUCUAGGAUCAGUAUUCUUCCUUCAGGAACUCUACAGAUUGAUGAUCUGCAGCCGAGUGACUCCGGGCUCUACACGUGCACAGCCAGCAGUGAGAGUGGUGAGACAUCGUGGUCUGCCUCUCUCAGUGUUGGAGGUCCCAGUGGGGGCUACCACAGAAGUCCUGACCCCGCCACAUUUCCCCGCCCACCCGGGGCUCCCCGGAUACUCAACACUACUCAGUCCUCAGUCACCAUGGCCUGGGACCCUCCGCCCGGGCCACUGCACUCCCCACUCAUAGGAUACACUUUGGAAUACUUCAGUUCAGAUCUUCAAACCGGCUGGGUGGUGGCAGCACACAGAGUCAAUACAAAUACUAUUAUGAUCACAGAUCUGAAGCCAGACACGUCAUAUGUGUUUGUGGUGAGAGCGGAGAACUCCCAAGGCAUCUCAGUACCCAGUGAGAUAUCCGAGGUAGCUCAUACGCAGGGAACACAUCUGCGAGAUGUCCCGAUUCAUCAGAUCAACGAAGCCCGAGCUCGGCUGGCAACCAAGGUCAUCAUACUGCGCAACCUGGAGGCUACCAGCUCCACCGCUGUUCGGAUAACUUGGGAGAUUGUAACCGCAGAAGAUUUCGUCGAGGGGAUCUACGUAAGGUUCAGAGACAUAUCGGGAGGUGAGAAUAAGUACAACAUGGCUACAGUACUCAACGCUGGAGCUCUCCACUACACUGUCACUAACCUGCAGAAGUACACCAAAUACGACUUCUUCCUUGUCCCGUUCUUCAAGAUGAUCGAGGGUCAACCAUCAAACUCCAAGGUGGUCCAGACGUUGGAAGAUGUUCCGUCUGCCUCCCCUGAGGACAUCCAGAUGUCUUGGGUCAAUUCUUCGGCUGCUUAUAUCAAAUGGUCCCCACCUCCUCCCCAGCAUCAUAAUGGAGUUUUGUUGGGUUACAAGGUUCAAGUAAAGCAGAACACCAAGAUAGUUCUACAACAGACAGUCAAUGUCACGACCCAGACUGUCAUACUUCCCAAUAUCUCUCUCCAUGGAAUACAAGGCAUGGGUGUGCGGGUGGUGGCCUACACAGCUGUAGGUAUUGGUCCGUAUUCUCCGAUGGUGAGUGUGGCCGAAGCUCUGAUGGAUCCGUCCGCACAACCUAGUCAUCCCUCCUCGGCUUCUGACACUGUGUAUGUCCUUAUCCUCGGCUUCAUCAUCAUCUUCGUCAUCUUCGCCUUUGUUGCCACCUACUACCUCAAGAAGAGGCAGAACUUCAAGAAGGAACUUGGUCACUUGAGUGUUCCAGUGAUGAACAUGAAUGACCUCAACCUAAUGGGGGGAGGUAAGGAGACACUGUGGAUGGAGGCUGGAUGGGGAACUAAGAGUCAGGGUCACGGAGGUCAAGGUCAUCUGUCAGACAGUGACUAUGCUCAGGUGGAUACCAGAGGAAUGUCUACAUUUUACAACACCAGGAAGGAGCCUCUAGCCAACCCCACACCCUAUGCUACCACUACUCUGGUCAACAGCAACAUGGUUCCCAAUAACAGGGCUGAUUCUACAGAAACUGGUCCACUAAUAGUUCCCAUGGCAAUGAGUUCUUCUUCCGAGGCAAAAACAUCAAGUUCUGGCGAUUCGUGGACGAAGAAGGAGAUGAACCUAAACCAGGACAAUCAGGAUUUUAGAAACAUGUCAGAAGGUGUUCCUGUGUUCAUUGGUGAAACCAGGGAAUACAAGGGGAGGUUGUUUCUACCCCCUCCUCCACAACAUCCACCCCCACCCCCUCAUCAUGGCAGUGUUGCUGUCUUCAGUCAGAGCUCACGUAGCCCACAGGCCAACAAACGGUUUGGCAACAGCGGUCCGGCGAUGUGUUGUCAGGAGAACUCUGGCGGCCGUAGUAACAGUAGCAGCAACAGUUACGCUCCCUCGUGGCUCACCAGUCAAAGCACGAGAGAACACAGACACCCCCCACCACAGCAACAUCCCCCUCCGAUACCAAACUAUCCGGCCAGCUACUCGUGUUGUAGUAGCAAUCACUCUGUGAAGAGUCGAAGUCAUCGAGAACGAGAAAGAGAACGAGAUCGAGAACGGGAUCGAAAUCACUUACAUUGCCACCACUCCAACUCUAGUCAUUGUGAUUGUCAAGAGAGUGCAUCUCUGCUGUACUCCCAUCCUCACAAUUCACCACAACAGUGCCAUCAAGACUGUGGAGCCAUGGACCGAGGCUGCCAAAGCUCCUUGCCAAGCCUUCACUCUGAAGCUCAAUAUCAUCUAGUCGGCCAACACAGAGACGACAGGUGGCGGCGGGGGGGAGGAGCAGACUACGACGGCUGGGAAGGGGAGGGUGAAGACGCUAGCGACACCUGUUGUUCCUGCAGUGAAGCUUCCUGCACCUACGCGCAGACCAACCAGACACCGACCAUGAGUCCCCUCACAUCAGAUUAGGAUUCACUGAACUACUCUAAGAACUGAAGACUCAACGGACUGAAUCUCAAGGCCUUACCUGGCAUUUUAUCAUCUUAAGUGUGAAAAGUCAUUUUUAUAUCAGAACCUAACAUUUUAACACUCUAAUAUUUAUGAUAAUAAGUUUUGUUAGGUAAUUUAAUUAUUGUCCUAGUUGUCUACACAAUCAGAGUAGAAGAUUUUUGACACCGGAAUUCUUCCAUAAUAGCACUGUUUUAAUUCUUUAUUGUCUCCCCCAUUCAAAUUUUGCCAAAUCAAAUGUUCUUUUGUUGGCAAAACCAUGUUAAUUUGAAUAAUACCAAGACCAAGUAAAUUCAAAAGUCAUGAAGAUUUCAAAUUGUAGUUUGAUAUUUCAAACUAGAUUAGCUUUUAUAUACAAAUAGUAGGUUUACUUCUUUUUAUUUUACUUGAACAAAUCAUUCAUUUUCAACACAACCAACAUGUGACGUAAAAGAACAUUAACUUUCAGACAAAAUGUAAAAGGUAUGUGCCUUUAAAUGGUACCAAGUAAUAGAAAUUCAUAUCAUCCAUUCCUUACAGUGAUGUGGUAGUCUACGAGUAACAAUAAACUUUUUUAAAUUAUCAACUUAGAUAAAUAUCAGCUUCUGUGAUAUUGAUUGUAGGCGGUUUUUUAUCAGGUUGUGUUUGUAGUUUGUAAAACGAUUGUAUUUAGAUUUCUGGUGUGAUUACUGAUUAUUGUAAAUGCUAUAAAUAUUGACUAAGGUGUACAUUAUUGGAAAAUCUUUUGUACGUAUUCAUGAAAAUAUAACUUUUAAGCAAAGUUGUUAUCAAUUUUUGUAUAUGUUAAAUUGCUAUUGCUACUGCUGUGUAUACUAAGUAGAUAAAAAAUGUUACAGUCAAUUUUGAAGAUGAUUUUAUAUUAAAAUUCCCUCUAACCGUUUAAGUUCUAGACAUUGUUAACACUGGUUUUCAAUUAUUAGUGCUGCAUUUUCAACGAUAAUUGUUAUUACUCAGAUAAUUAUUAUUCCUGAUUAUUUAUAUCACAAUUUAACUUUAAACUACUUAGAUCAGUUAAUUUUUUUUUUAACCAAAGAUUAUGAUGAACAUUAAAAUUAUACAGGGUGGUCCUAAAAGAAAUAAACAACUAUAUACACCUAUAAAUUAAGUAAUGGACAAAAAAGGUAAGCUUUGAUCUUCAAAAUUCACAGCCGAUGGGUUUAAACGGCUUUGUGGAGAUCUGAAAAUGUUUUCAUGAAAACUAUUGGCACCGUAAUGUCAGGGAAUAUCUUUAUGAGAAUCUCCCAAUGCACAGGACUGACAUAACAACAUAUGUGAGCAGCUGACAUAACAACCCAACGUUACGUUUUUGUUGUCCUCCACAUAACCUGGUAUCAUUUUCUUGGGGUUUAUAUUUGUAGGAUUAUAUGAAAGAUAAAGCGCUUGUAAUAACUCUCCUAUUCAGCCUACUCUACAGACAAUUAGGUCUGAACUGAAAUAUAGGAUAAACUUGUUGUAUAUGAUUCGAGGUUUACUCACUGAACAUAUAUUGUACAAGGGAAAAACUUAAAACUAUGUGCAUUUGGAAAAUGUAAAUUCCAUUCUCAAUGUAACAUAGUUGUAUUUUGAUCAACAAAGUUGUUUAUUUAUUUUAGGAUCACCCUAGAUUUUUAUAUGUAUUAAAAAUAUAAAUUUUAAUCAUUUUAGUUUAGUUAUUCUUUAAAAUGUUGAAGAAGGUAUCAAAUUUGGAUAAGUUUACUUGGGUAGAAGUUUUAUAUUAUAUAGCACAUGAUUAAAUUGUUAUAGUACGAGUAAGUUUAAGAAAUAUUUUAAGGCCAAUUGUAUUAGAGGCAAUAAAAGACUGAGAUCGCAUAAAAUACGUACACCCUACUACGAACUAAACUUUAAUAUUUUAGAUUUAAUUUUACUUUUCUAAUUUGCUCAGAAUGUUACGUGAUUUAAUAAUUACAAUCCUUAGUCAUCAUUCUUAGUUAUCAGAGAAAAAUAUAAUUCUGUUUAAUUUAAUCUUAGACCCAGAUGGAUUAGAAGGCAUGUAUCCACAGACAAUGAUUAGAAGACAUGGAUCACCAGACAAGGAUUAAAAGACAUAUAAGAAGGACAAGCAAAACCGUUUGUUACAAUUUCGAACCAAAGAUAAGUAAAUUCUGCCUGAAAACUGAUCACUUCAAAAUGUUACUCUUUUUAUAUAAAAAAGGUAGAUUCCGUAUUCCUAUUGUAGGUUGGUUGUGAGUUCACCACCACAAAUGUAUUAAACAUUAAAUAUAUAUUUUAUUUUUAUUUUAGAAAUUUAAACAAUUUUUGCAAAAUAGGUACGUGGAGGGGUUUGUUUGUGAAAUGACUCAAAUUUAACCUGACCAAAUAUCAAAGUAAUUUAGAAAACUCAGUCCAACAUACUUGAUCAUUCUGUAUGUGGUAUAUCUGGACAGGCUUACUGUUGUCAUUAUUUUGUAUCUGGACAAUAAAUCGCCAAGCACUUCCAUAUCCUGGUUAAAGUAUACUCAUGGUAAAUUAAAAAACCUGUAAAAAUAGCCAAUGAAAAUCAAUGUAGACUAUUGUUGUAAAUUAACAGGAACCCAAAAUACUAUUACAUUUCAAUUUGUGGAAAAGAUUAAAAGAAAGACGUCUUUAGUAAUCAGUCAUAUCUAUGACAGGAGGAAUUGAAAUCUAAUGUGAUUCAAUGUAUGCUACUAACAUAAAUAAAAAUUCCAGAUGGUAUGCAAAACUGGUAAUUGAAAAGUGUAAAUUCGUCUCUGAACCAGAGUGUUUAUGUGUUCCAAAAACAUAUCUAGAAAUCAUUUAUUUUUAUUAUGAAAGACUGAAAUCAAAGUGUCUGAAAAACUAAACUUCACAGAUGUUAAACUCCAGUUACUCAACCAGUAUUACAUUCAAGGAAGUAAUGUAAUAUUUCUAAUUUCUACCCCGUCAGCGUUAAUUGUUGUUGCCACGAUAGACUGUCAAUCGGUACUCGGUAGCUUGCCAUUUGUAGUGUUCCAUCCAAAAAUGCAGAUAUUAGAUCGCAACGUAAAAUAAGAAGUGAACACAAAAUAUUGUCCGCAAUAUGCCAUCAAGUCAAAAAGAUAUUUUGUGUUCCUUCAAUGUGUAGAUAAAUGUGAAGCUGAGGUGGAGAGGCUGUUUUCCUACUGUUAGGUCACAUCGGCUUACGAUGUGUAAAAGUGUUCCUGCUAUGUAAAUCGCCUAAAUAGUUUGUAACUUGUUUACUCGACUAAUCGCUAAUCAUAUUUGUAUAAGUUUUGUAUUGUACUAAAUUUUGUAUUUAUUGUAUUGUUUCUAAGUGUAAAAUAGUGCCAAAAUGUAUUAAUUUUGUGUAAAUAGGUUGU